ACCGCUGUCGACAGCGCUUCAAUCGCGCGGGCUCUAACCUCCCUCGUGCACGGAUAAACAUCUCGCUCGGAAGCUCGCUGUUGUUGUUGUUGUUGAUUGCAAAUCACGAGGCGUUUGAUAUAAGAGAAACCGUCGACCCGAGCAUGGAUCAACCGGAGAAGCGACACAAACGCUCGCGUCGACGACGCGGACAGCAACAGCCGCAGCGGCCGAGUAAACGACAGCGGCGACAAGCGCCACAAGAGCAACACAGCCUGGACAGUCUACCGCCCGAGGUGCUGGAAAUGGUCCUUCGAUUAUUGCCGUAUCAAGAGCUCGCCAACACGCUGCGACUCGUCUCCAAACGAUGCUGCUCGGUUGCGACGACGAUUCUGAACAACGCCUUCCUCUCGGCCGGCGGUCGACUAAACUCGGCUCUGCGUCAUCUGGCGCUGUCGACCGAGCGCGCGGCAAACGAGUGCGAACUUGUCCUGUCCGGCCGGGCCCACAACAGCCUAGAGCUCGUCCGCGCUCAGUACGAUCUGCUCCGCGCAGUCUGCUGGCGCUACACUCACCCGCCGCGCACUCAACGUUUCGGCAGACUCUGCUUCUACGGUGGCCUCAUCCUGGACGAGCUGGACGCGCUGCUGGACAAGGCCCAGAAGAGUCCCGGAGAUCUGCUGGACAAGGAGGGGCCAGCCCCGUGCGUCACUCAGUUCGGGGUUAUGUGCAAGGCCUUCAUGAACUUGUUCGAGAAGGUCUCGGAGCGGAAAGUCAACAGCCGGAACAGCGUGUCCUCGGGUUGCAAGCCGGUGGACCUGCUGGACUGCCUGAUGACGGGUCGGGAGCUGCUGAAACUCCGGGUCUCGAGUGGUCGACGACACGACAGCUGCCUCGUGAGCAUGAAGUUGCGCUACGUCCUGAAGCGCGCCUGGUUCACUUGCCUGGAGGUGCCCGGCAGGGACGACAGCGCCGAGAACGAAGAGUGCUGGCGCGAUCAACAGCGCUUCAUGUACCUCCGGCUGCGGAGACUCGUAGGCAGCUCCAACGAGCACCACCUCGAGGCUGUCCAUUUCGAGCGCGAAAGACUCAUGACCCAGACCACGAACGAUCUCUUGCCGCCACCCAAGAUACCGGCUUGCUCCACUUACUCAGGUUACGGCGAGUACGCUGGCCGGUUUUUCUACUAUGGCAACAUGAACGAGUACGCCUUCGACAGCAAGAUAAUGGACGCCUGGCGACGCAAUACCAUCCGCGACAGAAUACGCAAACGAGCAUCCGACCGCAAACCUUGCUACGACUUGCUGAUCAACGUCGAGCUCAAAUGCUCGCCCGAGCUCGCUCCACUCGCCGUUCGGUCCCUGCUGAAAUGCGACGACUUUGAGAACCAGUCGAACGUGGAGACUCAUCGUCCGUACCUCUAUCUAAAGCUGAGCAUUAGCUGUCCGGCCUCUGUGUCCAACAAGUUGCCCGGUCAGUUCGUCUGGGAGUUGCGCAGUCCUCGACGACAUCGCGGCCGACAUCACUCCGUCAGCGACAAUUCCUGACCAAGCUGAGGAGCCAAUUGAGAAUUGACUUUUUUCUUUCUUUUUAACGAGUUUAUACCCUGAACUUUUUGCGAUUCUACCGGCCGAUCGGUAGAGUAUUUUACGGUACGAUAGUUUUUAUUACUUUUUUUUAUUCUUUUCUUUAUAAAAGUAAAGGUCUGCCGAUUUUAUCGAGAGAAGGUGUGUUUUAAUUUCAUAAUUGGAAGAUGACGGCACUAUACAAAACGUCGAGUACUUGGCUACAUGCCGCAUGAUUUUAGACUACGACUUUAACCAAGCGGCUUUUUUCUUCGUCAACUUUUUGAAUUUUUGUAAUAACUUCGCAGAAAAAAGCAAUCGCCAUUGAAUAAAAGCUUUGCAUAGUACAAACAACAA